GAAUGCACAAACAGAACAGACAACAAAUUACAAGUGGUGAAAAUUGCAGUUGGCAGCGUGGCAGAGUUUAGCAACCCUGCCCUCUUGCGGCCUGGCAACACUAGUAACGCCAUACUUCUAAAAUGCUUUUUUCGGGCGAGUUUACAUUAUCCGCAUAAAAUCAAAAAACAGAAAAAAGAACUAAAAGAAGUAUUUUAAAAGUUGUCAUUUAGAAAAUAAACUAAAUGUUACUACCUAAUGUCAUAGCGUCAACGUGAUUAACACGCAAAAACAUUGCAAACGCGCAUUUUUCUGGGAAAAAGCGAUAGCAGAAAAAAAAUUAGAGUGGUGAAUAUAUCCGUUUUACGCAUUUUACUGUGUUCGUCCAUCAGCUGCGGCUGUCAAAAGUUGGCGUGCCGUGGUGAAUUGCUGCAAGCCGAAAACAAAACAUUACAAAACUAUGAACAUUUUGUGAAUAGAACACAGAAAUAAGAAACGAUUGUGCGUGUGCCGUUUAUAACUGUACAAUGGAUAACCGUUUCAAAUGGCUGCAGAGAGGUGGCUACAUGGAGCCACCCAAUUACGGUGGGCCACAUAUACCAAGAUCCAACCGUCCGGCAUCCUACAAGAUCUAUAAACGAACCAAUCAUAAUAGCUACAACUACAACCAACACCCUGCCAUUGCGCCCGGCGCUGGCAACAACUAUUACAAGCCACCCCCUCCCCAGCAGCAGCAACAACAGCAACAUCAGCAACAUCACCAACAUCCCAGAGGAGUCGAUGGUGGUGGUGGUGGUUUAACUCAACUCCCUAUGCAGGAAUCAGGGAGCAACAGCAGCGGGUCGGAUGUUGUCACAUUGAUAGUGGAGAACAACACAUUGAAGCGUAUGAUUGUGCUCCAUUUGGAUUUGAUGCAUACUCAAAACGAAAGUUUGCUGGAUAAAGACAAAAAGUUGGAGGAUCAAAAUGGACGCAUUAAAACGUUACUCGCGGAGAAUCAGGACCUAGUGCACCAGAUAGCCAAACUAAGCCAAACUAUUGAGGAUCUACGUAAAGAGUUUCGCAGGCAUAUCAAGCAUUCGGCGAUCGAUAUUGAUGAACAGCCCAAGGCUAAAUAUCAAUGUUGUGCGGACAAACAGACACAGACAAUAGAAAUGGUGCAGCAAGAGACGCAGCUCCAUGGCUAUUCGACGCAUGCGACACAUUUGAAACAAACACAUAAUGUUUUGGUGACAUCUGUUAAAGAUCUGCCACCAAGGACACCAAUUGUGGAGAAUAAUAAGUCGCGUAAUGAGUUUAAUGGUGGUAAGAAGGUCAGAACGUUCUUUUUGCAUCGUGUACAUCUGGAAAAGGAGGAGCAACAGCAUGAGGAGGAGGAACAGCAACAGGAAGAGGAGAGACAGCAAGAAGAGCAGUUGCAGCUGGACGACUUUCAUAGACACGUAUCCUUAGUAGAGGAGGAGCACGAAGAUCACCAAGAACAUGUGGAGCACGAUGGACAUGAGGAGCAGGAAGAAAAUGAGGAGCAGGAAGAACAUGACGGGCAGGUAGAACAUGAGGAGCAGAUAGAACAUGAGGGGCAGGUAGAACAUGAGGAGCAGGUAGAACAUGAACAUUUUGAACAUGAGGAGCAGGAAGAACAUGAGGAGCUGGAAGAACACGAAGAGCUGGAGGAACAUGAAGAGCUGGAAGAACAUGAGGAGCUGGAAGAACAUGAGAAGGAGGAAGAAGAGGAGCAGGUCGAAGAGGAGGAAGUAGAAAUGGAAAUGGAAAUUGACGAGGAUGAGGUGCGUAAUGAAACGCCCGAAGGGCAUGAAAUGGAAGUCGCGACUGAAACAAUUAUUGGCGCUGAGGAAGAACUGGGUGCCGAGGAGACUGCCGAUGAACAUAAUUACAAUAACCGUAUCUUCGAGGACGUGAUUGAGAUGGGCACCGAAAUAGUUAACAAUGGUGACAUAGACAUGGCCAUGGAUGUGUCACAACAGGAAUUGCAAGAGGACCUGAUGAGACAGUUGCAAGAUUCGGCGAAUUCGAAGCCGCACAAGAAGGUCUCUAACAUCAUUAAAAAUGAGUUGAAAUAUUUAAAUAGUUCGGAAGUUAUUGUUAACAAAUCUUUCCAAGUGAAAAAAUGUGAUGAAGCCACAUUGCCUAUGACAAAGAGUCAGUGCACAAAGCUGCAAACAACCGUUGGGAAGGAUGACGACGAAGUGGAUGAGGAGCAGGACGUUGAGAGGGAGGAGGAGGACGAGAGGAUGGAUGCCACCCACAAUUCUUAUGAAGAAGAAGAAACAAUUUCAGAAAUGCCACAAAAAGUGAACCAAUAUACGUCAACGCUUCACGCUGUGGCUAACCAUCGAGUAACGAAGUCGCAUGUGAAAACUUCAAAGAAGGUGCGAAAUGUUAGAUAUAAAAACCUGUCAACGAUGAUGCUGAAUUCAAAAGGAAAAGCAGAAAUAGAAAUGGCAAGAUUUAGACAAGACAUAGAUGCGAAAAGUCUUGUGCUGCAGCAGCAAAUCAAAGAGAUCCAGCAAAUACAAAAGCUCAGACAGUCGGAACAACUGCUGGAAAAACAACCGCUGGAAAAGGAAAUUAAGCCGUCACAAGACACCCAGGAUGAGAAGCAGUCAAAACAGAAGAAGCAAAAGCAGCAACAGCUGGAGGAGAACCAUCAGGCAACAAAGUCGCAAGUGGAAGUCACAAGAAAAGAGUGUAGUGCAGAUAAAUUGAAAAACAAUCAGCCCACGGGGACAAAGAAUACCACACCAGCGAAAACAAAAGUGGAAGAUACUUUAUGUUCGGAGGCGGUGCGGCAGAACAACCGGUGGAUGAGUCGACUGGGGAUGACGCGGAACCUGCAGAAGGAUGCAACGGUGCAGAAGUUACAAGAGAAAAACCAAGAAGAAGGUGAAAAGGAAAAGCUGGAGCGUGAGCAAAAAAUAAAAUUGGAGCACGAGAAGCUAAAUGAAAAUCUUAUAGAGCCCCGAUCGGAAGAGGAAAUACAGCCGAUGGAAUAUGAACGUAAACGAGUAAAACGUGACAGCAAGGAGCAAAAGCAGUCAAAACAGCAACAGCAACAGCAGCAGCUACAGCAGGAAUUAAAGGAGGAGCCCAACAUUGAGGAAGAAACCAAGCGAAAACUGCAGGAGCAUUUGCAGAAACAGCAACAGCGAUUGCAAAACCAGCAGCAACCUUUGCCGCUGGUGCGUCUCAAGAAAUCUCAGAUGCAGAACACCAGCUUAAUCUAUCCACCCAUAGCUCAGACUAGCGCCACAAUUACGCCGGCGCCAUCACCGACAAAUGCAACGUCGCCCAGUUUGACGUUAGCGAGUAGCGCCAGUAAUAACAAAAAAACAGCAUCAGCAGCAGCAGCAGCCAUAGGAGUAGCGACUGCGCCAACAGUUGCAACAACAACAUCAAUACAAACGCCUUUAACGCCGCAGUCUAUUAGUAGCGUUAGCAGUGGAAGCAACAGUAGCAACAACAAUAACACCAACAAGCGCACAAUUGCUAACAAUUGCACGAUAUAUAGCAAAUCGCGUAGUAAUUCCAGAUUUCUAUCGUCAUUGGAGCCAUACACGACACGAUCGUGGGAGGACCAAGAGUUUCAUUGCGACAAUGAAUUCUUUCUGGAAGAAGCGGAUGAGCUGCUCGCCGACAAUCCCAGUCUCGAGAUACCAAAAUGGAAGGUAAUCCGAAAAUCUGCCUGUAUGGACGAUAAAGGCACGGAACCCUUGACUGAUCAAGAUUUCGUGCGUAGGCAUGAAAAGUACGUUCGCGAUGAGAUAGAGCGUAAGAAGCGCGAUGCACGCUACAUGCGUGAACAGAUACGCAGCGAGGCGUUACGUGUACGUCACAAUCAGGAUGAGGUGCUGGUGCCGCUUGAGCCACUGCCCAUAUCCACAUUCUAUCCGCUGCCCGAAGAUAUUGAAGCCAUAAGCUAUGUAACCGAGGUGCCUGUUCAGGCGUUCGGCGAGAAUGUUGUUAAUCUACAAGCAGAACAGACCGAACCUAACUUUACGCUACCCUGGCUGGAGGCGGUACACGGCGAGACAGCGAUUGCCCGGCUCACGGCGGAGGCUGUACCAGUUGCAACAUUGGCCAGCAAAAAAUUGCCCACAACUGCAGCAGAAGCGCGGCAUCAAGAGAUGAAUUCAUCAUAUGUGUUCCUCAAGCGACGAAAGCGGCAAAGGCGACGUUAAGUGUGCUGUAACAGCAGUACAGUUGCCACAUGCCACAUACCCACAGAUAGACGUUGCACA